AGUUAGUUGACUCAGUAAUAAGGAACACAGCAGUGUGUCUGUUGGUGAUCCCUCCUCCUUCAUCCCUUCGGUUGGUGCUGCAGCAACCUGCAGGGAGGCCGACGCAUGAGCUAGAGGAGAGCCAAGCAGGUUGGUCGAAUCAUAUCCCUACACCUAGCAAGUAGCGACUUCAUGGCAGAGAUGGUGUGUUCAGCACUUGUUCAGGAGACGGUGAGCAGAGGCGUCUCCUUUGCGUUGGGCAGACGCAAGGAGAAGGCGUCCCAAGGGCACUUGACAGAGAGGCUCGAGAUGGCAGUCAGCGAGCUGGAGUUUGCACUUGAGAGGGCCAUGGAGCUGCCCAUCAGACACCUCUCCUUGCUCCAGCGCAGGAAGAUUAUCAAGCGUGCCUACAUCGAGGCCAUGGAGCUGCUCGACAAGCACAGGCAACAAGCGGUGCCUCCUGGCGAGGAAGAGCAGCUCCCGCAAGUGGUAAACAAGCGCAAGCGAUGGUUUAAUAGUGCUAAGAAGAACAUGUCCAUCACACCUUUUGCUGUCUUGAGCACACAUGAUGUUGGAAGAUUUGAAUGGUAUGCAGAUUGUGCCGGAAGGUUUGUGAGGGACUUGGAGUCUGGUUGUUCACUUCAUCACUACACCUUUUGCAACCCUAUUGUUAGGCAUCUCCUUGAAGGGAAAACUCUCACUUAUCAUUCGGAGCAAGGAAACCUGCUACGGCAUCUCUACAUCAGGCCCACGUAUUCUGAUGAGCGUGGCGUGGAGGCAGCGCUUGCAUACCGUUAUGAGGAUAGCACAAUGGCUGAGAAAUGUUUCUUGCUGGGGUUGAUCCUACGACUAACAGAAAGCACAGACUUGGUUGAGGUUGCUAUAAAAGGCUUGCAAUUACUACUAGCAUCUCAAUUCAAACUUGCUGUUGAAUAUGCAAUGGGAGAACUCACCCUACUAUCUAACUUACAAGACAUUGCCCAUUUGCAUGGGCCUCUGUGGGUGGGCAUUCAAGAAUUGCAUGUCAUGCACACACAAAUUGCUCGCCCAGACCCAGCAUGCUGCCAAGGAAGCAGGCACGGACUUUGUGCUGCUAACAACAACGUCUCAUCAGAGUUAGCAGAUAUAUUCCCAGAUCAAAUUAUUGCUUUGGGUUUCCAGUGCUAUAUAUCAGCUCCAGUAGAGUCCAAAACACGUACUAGCUCAUUUCAUGAGUGCGGAAGAAGAAGAAGCAAAAACAGAGGUUGGAAGCCACCACCUCUGGUGCUGACAGCUGCCUUCAUGCCUCAUGCUGUGACUCAAACGCAAGAUAGUUAUGCACUCGAAAUCAUCGGAGACGCUACAGAGUAUAGAAAUGCUAGUAGCAUACAACAAGUGGCAGAGACAGUACAAUCAAGCGCGGUCAAUUGUUUUUCGCAUCAGCCAGAGCUGCCAAAAUAUGGAAUGGAUUGGUUCGGUAAACAUGGUUUUGCAUGGUUUGUGGUGGAAAAGUCAAGCUCUGAAAGAGCACUUGACUUUGCCAACUUGUUGCAGCGCUGUGACUGCUGCUGCCGCGACAAAUUCCUCCAUAGCUACAAUGGCUGGAGAGAGAAAAAUAUGCCGCCCACAGCCACCACAGAAAAAGGGCAGCCGAGCAGAGCUACCCGAGCAAGUGCAAGGAGAAGUAGAAUGAGGUAGUAGUUAGGUGUUUUUUUUUAUUCAAGUUAAGUGUGUUAGUUUGUUGCCCUGCAGCCGAGUGUUACAAGGCUCAACUGCUCUCCUGAUUUCGUACGGUGAUGUAAGCUACAUAGUGUGAAAACUAAGCUAUCCUUAGAAAGAAAGAUAUAUGUGCUAUGGAUUCUAUACUCCACAAGAGAUUAGUACCAGAAUAAGAGGAUGCAUAU